AUGUUUGCUACUGAACCGCUCACGGCCUCGCUUUCUGGGCUUCUUCUGUUAGACAAGGGCGAUCAGGAACAUGCAGGUGCUAGUUCUCGGUCGAGUCGAUGUAUGGCCGAGCAGACCGAUAGAACACGGAGGAGACGAGACUUUGAGAUUGAUGAGCUAGAAAUUCAAAAGGGGCUGCUCCAGGUGGCCAAGGGCCUCGAAUUUCUCCACGAGUCCGCGGGACUUGUGCAUGGAAACCUGAACCCAGAGGCCAUCUAUAUAAAUGCCAAAUCUGACUGGAAAAUCUCUGGACUCGGGUUUGCAGGACCUCCUGAUUCCUCGGAAUCUCGUUCAUCAUUGCCACCACUGGCUGUCUCCCAGGUGCUCUACCAGGAUCCCAGACUCCCCGCCUCGGUUCAGCUAAACAUGGAUUACACCUCUCCGGAUUUCGCUCUGGACUCCAAUGUGUCACCCUCUGCUGAUCUUUUCUCUCUGGGUCUCAUCAUCAUUGCUCUCUAUAAUUCUCCCCAUGUCUCCCCUCUGCAGACCCACUCAAACUUGUCGACCUACAAGAAGCUCAUAAGUAGCCCAUCGACCACCCCUUCUCAGGACAAUAACUUCCUUUGCUCAAAUCCAAUUCCUCGAGAGGUUCUAUCUCACGUCUUGCCCAGAUUGAUCACAAGAAGACCUGCGCAGCGGAUGAAUGCUCGAGAAUUUCAACAGUCCCAGUAUUUUGAUAACGUGCUGGUCUCUACGAUUCGCUUCUUAGAAUCACUGCCAGCUAAGAAUCAUAAUGAGAAAUCUCAAUUCUUACGUGGCUUGCAGCGGGUUCUUCCCGAUUUCCCUGCAUCAGUGUUGGAAAGAAAACUACUGGUGGCUGUUCUGGAUGAAAUGAAAGACCGCGAGCUCCUGGCGCUUUUGCUGCAAAAUGUUUUUGGCAUCCUCCUGCGGAUCCCCAAUGGACGCCGCAUCUUCCCCGAGAAGAUCAUGCCUCGACUCAAAGAAGUUUUUGGAACAGCUGAUAUUUUACCUUUGAUCCGUCUUGGACUGGACUCCCCAACGCACUCCUUGGUAGACGCCGCCAUCAAGUGCCUCCCUGUGGUGCUUCCGGUUCUCGACUUUAGCACUGUGAAGAACGAAGUGUUCCCCCCCAUUGCUAGCACUUUCAGUCGCACCAGUAGCCUUGCCAUCAAAGUUCGCAGUCUCGAGGCUUUCAGCGUGCUGUGCGGUGGCUCUGCUGAUGACUUCGACGGGAUUGAAGAUGAUCUCGUUGGCGUAGUCAAGCCCAGCAAAACAGCCAAGCCUUCUAUUCUGGACAAGUAUAUCAUCCAGGAGAAACUUGUUCCAUCCUUAAAGGCGAUCAAAACAAAAGAGCCAUCAGUGAUGAUGGCUGCAUUGAAAGUCUUCCGCCAGGUUGGCAGGAUCGCUGACACUGAUUUCCUUGCCAUCGAGGUCUUGCCGAUCCUUUGGAGUUUCAGUCUCGGCCCACUUCUCAAUCUUAGCCAAUUCGACGAGUUCAUGGCAUUGAUUAAGUCUCUUUCUGCUAAGAUCGAAACAGAGCAGAAGAGAAAACUGCAAGAGCUUUCCUCUGGAGGAGAGUCAAGUGGUUUCCAGAAUGGUAGCAAUAGUCACUCCCAGUCGGCGAAAGCUAUCACCUCUCCCGAUAUGGACAGCGCUAGGAAUAAUUUCGAGCGUCUCGUCCUCGGGAAGAAUACGCCGCCUGCAAAUGGUAAUGACAUAGAUGUCUGGGGUAGCAUGGAACCCGAACCUGCCACCAAACGGCCGAGCAUGUCACCGGCCUUUUCAUGGUCGAACAACAGUCUAACACAAUCUCAAGGCGGGGCCUCAAACCAAUUUGGCUUCCGUUCUAUCACACCGGAUCAAAAGCUGAGCUCUUUCCCGUCCCUCCAGCCUGCACCACAAGCCGCUCCCACAGCCCCAUCGGUCCCUACGAUGCAACCAUCCUUGCCAACCUGGGGCGUCCAGCCCAAUGCCUCUUUGGGAUCGCUGACAGGUCUGGCAUCGAAGACACCAACGUCUCGGCCCCAGACUCAGCAAACAUCCAACUAUUCCGCAUUUUCGAUUGCCCCUCCACCAGGUGGGACGGGCUUGAGCAAUGCUAUGAGAUCUCCUUCCACGGGCAUGAAUUCGAAUUCAUCGCUAUUUCAAACACAGCCCCCGCCUCAGCCUCAACCACGAACGCAGAGAUCGGGAUUGGAUAAGUACGAGAGCUUGUUGUGA